CCUUCCAACAACGCCAAUGAUGGGAGGCCGCUAUAUCGUCUCGCUGUCUUCUUAUUAUUAUUAUUAUUUUUUUAAAGCUUUUUAUUUUCUACUCGCUUUAUGCGGAACAUCAUGGACAAAACCCGGAAACAGGUUAGCGGGUUUUCUACGUAAUAGAUUCAACUUUAAUGACCAAGUAUGAAACAACACACAAUGAUCUUGUCUCUGGCAGUAGGUGUGGCGCGGUAACAAAGAUUUGAUGACAUGAAUUCCAUAAUUGAGGUACAUUUUCUUUGAUUUCAUACGCCGGACUCGCUCGCUUUUAUUUUGAAAGAUGCGCCACCACCGGAAGCAACGCCCUCUUUUCCGGUUGUUGUGUGCGCUAAUAUUUGUGGCCGUGAUUGUGGAUGCGCUGGCCUGGCGUCGGUCCUGUUCGUUGACGCCCGUUUCGCGUGAAGGAAGGCCCGCUCGAAACCGCCGCGGAGGAGCAACCAUGGCGGCCCCCGCUCUCUCCAGUCGGGCCGGCUCGACGGGAAGCCUCGGGAACAACAGCCCCACCGCGGUCUACGCCGCCGGCAGGCUGCCCCACGGCGGCGGCGGCGGGCCGGAGUUGGACUUCAGGUCGGCGGCUCGCAUGGAGGACCUGAACCGGCUCAUCCAGGAGUUUAGCAAGCACGACCAGCGCGAGUACGACGACCAGCGGGCCUUGGAGAUACACACGGCCAAGGACUUCAUCUUCUCCAUGUUGGGAAUGGUCCAGAAGCUGGACCAGAAGCUGCCGGUGGCCAACGAGUACCUGUUGCUGUCGGGCGGCGUGCGCGAGGGCGUGGUGGACAUGGAUACGGACGAGCUGAGCGUGUACGCGCGCGGCACCGACUACGACAUGGACUUCACCCUGCUGGUGCCGGCGCUGAAGCUGCACGACCGCAACCAGCCGGUCACGCUGGACAUGCGGCACUCGGCGCUGGGCCACUCCUGGCUCAGCCUGCGCCUCUUCGACGAGGGCACCAUCAGCAAGUGGAAGGACUGCUGCACGGUGGUGGAGCACAUCAGCGGAGCCGCAAACUACUUCUUCUCGCCCACGCUGGUGGCCGACUGGUUCUACCAGGCUGUCUCUCUGGUGCUACUCGAGGUCCAGAAGAAGCCGCAGAGGGGCGUCCCCCGCGUGGAGAAGGUGGAGCGCAACGGCACGGUGGUGUCGGUCAUCCUGGGCGUGGGCAGCAGCCGGAUGCUCUACGACGUGGUGCCCGUGGUGUCCUUCAAGGGCUGGCCGGCCGUGGCGCAGAGCUGGCUGAUGGAGAACCACUUCUGGGACGGCAAGAUCACGGAGGAGGAAGUGAUCAGCGGCUUCUACCUGGUCCCCGCCUGCUCGCACAAGGGCCGCAGGGAGAACGAGUGGCGGCUGUCGUUCGCCCGCAGCGAGGUGCAGCUGAAGAAGUGCAUCUCGCCCGGCCUCAUGCAGGCCUACCAGGCGUGCAAGGCCAUCAUCGUCAAGCUGCUGUCGCGCCCCAAGGCCGUGAGCCCCUACCACCUGCGCAGCGUCAUGCUGUGGGCCUGCGACCGGCUGCCCGCCAACUACCUGGCCCAGGACGACUUCUCCGCCCACUUCCUGCUGGGGCUGAUCGACGACCUGCAGCACUGCCUGGUCAACAAGACCUGCCCCAACUACUUCAUCCCGCAGUGCAACAUGCUGGAGCACCUGUCGGACGACGCCGCCGUGCUGCACGCCCGCAAGCUGUCGUCGGUGCGCUCCGACCCGGCCGAGCACCUGCGCACCACCAUCGAGCACGCCAAGGCCGCCAACAGGCUGACGGUGGAGCUGCAGUGGCGCGGCAGCACCGGCAACCUGCCGUCGCCGCAGUCGGACGCCGGCGGAGAGAACCAGCCGGACGACCGCCUGGCCAAGAAGCUCCAGCAGCUGGUCACGGAGAACCCCGGGAAGUCCAUUUCGGUCUUCAUCAACCCGGACGAUGUCACGCGGCCGCACUUCCGCAUCGACGACAAGUUCUUCUGAACACCCCCCCUCACCUGCACCCACCCCCUGUUUUUGUUCCGUUCCCCAUCCGCCACACUGUCAAUCGGGUGUUGAUUUUCGAGUGUUCUCAGUUGUCCUUCCUCGCUGUUUUCUUACCUACUGGAGGCCUUCAGACUGACAUCCAAAAAGCCACCCGCAGGAGUCCACUACCGAGCUUUCGGGCUGACGUCCACGUACCCGCCGGGCGAAAUCCCCUGGAAGACUUGAAGACCAGGUCGGCGGACGUCUACGCUUGAAGAAUUCCACCUGGGGAAAUUGUCUCAGACUCACGUGGAAGAAUUCACCUUUGGACUCUUCGGAGACAAAGUUUCUUUCGGCUUGUCCCCGUCUGGGGUCGCCAGAGCGUAACAUCUCAGACGAACGCUCGUAUGUGUUUGGCACAGUUUUUACGCCGGAUGCCCUCUUGGGGAGUAGAGGCCCCAGCGGGAUACGAACCCACGACCCCUGGUUUCCCAAACCGUACAGCUACCGACCUGGAAAAAAAUCAACUCUGAGCCCUCCACCUGGAGCCGACCACGUGGAGAAACCGACCCAGAGUCGUUCAAAAAAUUGGACUUGUAGUUAUCUCCCCUGCCCCACUGGUGUCAUUCGGACAUCAACGUGGAGGAAUUCAUCCGGAGUAAUCGGUGCCGGGAGGCGUCAAACCGCAGGCAUUCGCCCCAAGGGAUCGGCACCGCAGCGUCGGUCCGGGUCUCUGCCGGGGAACGACGCCGAAAUCCUUUUCAGAAAAACAAAUGAGCCUUGGGUCGACGUUGAGGAUCAAAUCACGCUCGUCGCGGCUGGAACCACAAAUCUUGGGGCCACACUGACAAGGCGGGAAAACUAUACGACCAGAAGAAACUGCUGAAGAUUUUGAGAUCCGCAUCGCAAACAAAUUCAGCUCAUACGAUCAUCAAAAUUGGAUGUUGUUGUUGUUGUUGUUGUUCAGUGUGGCCUUACUGUAUCGGGGGUGUGGCUUAUCUUGUACUUCACAAUGUGCACCGAAAAACAUAAACGCAUGAAUAAUUUCGCCGAGCUCUAAAGGGGAAAGAAAAAACAUAUUCAAGCUUGUUUUUGUUUUUUUUUUUUUAAUCAGCUCAGCUAAAUUCCGGGUGUUUUUCUCGUGGUGUGCAACACGCGUGCGUGAUCACAAUUGAAUCUUGUAUUGAUUGUUACAAACCGAAUGUGAACUCCGUUCUUAAUUCCGCACCACGACGUGCGAACGUCAUAUCAGACAUUUCCAUUUUUCUUCCAAACAUUGUCACCGUGCAAGGAAUAUGUAAUUUUCCGUUUCUUUUUAAAUCCACGUCGGAACUUUUUUUCCCACUGUGCGAUUUGUCAGCGAGUGUUUUUAGUAAAAAAAAAUAUAAUAAUAAUAAUAAUAUCGUGCCCCGCGAUUGGCUGGCAACCAGUUCAGGGUGCGGCCCCGCCUCCUGUCCGGUGACCGCUGGGAUUGGCUCCAGCACUGCCGCGAGCCUCGUGAGGAUAAGCGGCUCAGAAAAUGAAUGAAUGGACGGACGAGUACUAGUGACCGAACUGAGUUUGCGCCGAAUGUAAAAAGCACCAAUCAAACACACUCCUUUCGAUUGUAGUCACUCGCUAGCGAGCCGUGGGGCGAAAUACACAACAGUACUUUGUGUGGGCGAGCGUGUUAGCGGAUGUACGUUACUGUGAUUGCGCACGUAUGUGUGUGUUAUGCUACUCUGUUAGCACAUCUGCGAGUGUGUAUUGAUGUGUGUUCACAUUUGUGAGUUUGGUUGCGUGUGUUUUUGCUUGCAUUAGCGCAUUUGUCAACAUGCGCGAAAGAGCUAGCGCCCAUGCAUUUCUUGGCUCACGUUAGCGCGUGCGUCUUAAUGCGCGUGUAUAUUUGUUAGCGUGUGGCUAAGUGCGUGAGUGAGCAUUCUUGGGUGUGCUAGCUUGCGCGUAUGUUAGCGCGCAUGUGCGUUAGCUUGAGGACGCGAAUCCCAACGUUCUAAACUGGCUACAUUUCCACUAAGUGACACCAUUUUUAUCCGCGAGCUUAAAAAGACCAACGCUUACUUUUUGCUAGCAGGCUUCUAAAUCUGGCAAAAAAUGUGAAUUGUUGAAAAAAUGCCACCAGCAUUUUAGCGUUCAUACAUUUCAAACUCAGUUCGCUUUUUUCAUGACUGCAUUUUCCUCCAAAUAAGUACAGAAAAAAAUAAUUGCCAGUGGAAGAAGGAAAACAAAACAUUCCUCCAGUGGAAAUUCAUUACUUCAUGUAAAAAGUUAGCUUAGCAACGAUUUAGCGUGUCAUUGGAUUACUUUUGACGACGAGACAUUCUGAGUAAAGUUUAUUUUUGCUGCUGUGCCGAGACUUAACAAGCGUCCCAACUUUGUUUUUCUAAGUGGGAGCGAUCACAAGGCAAAAUUUUAGGUCAGAGUGCGCUUCGACGCUGCCGGUGUGAAGGUCUGAGCGGUCUCGGUGUUGAAAAGUCUUCUUAUGAUUAAUGCGCAUGCACGUAUAUUUUGUAAAUCUCCGGCCAGUCUGAAAAAUCCCCAUCUAUGCAUCAACGUGUGCCAUUCGAGUGUUCAUGUUCGCUAUGAACGUCUCAGAAAGAUGAACACAGCGGACGUACAUAUAUGUGUAUAUCUUGUUUUUAAUCCAUUUUUGUUUUAAGGUUAGGUUAUAACGUACGUUAGCGCCCUCUACGUCAUGGGUGUCAAACUCGUUUUUGCCACGGACCGCAUUGCAGUUGCGGUUUCCCUCGAAGGGCCGUUAUGACUGAGACAAUCCAAAUUUUUAAUGGCCUCGUUACAUUUACACAUGCAAUUUAUGAACUAGUUUUGGAAUAAAAAAAAAUAUCAAUGUAAAUGUUUUUUUUCGACUAUUGUUCGUGUUUGGUCACGCAAACAUGCUGGCAAUAUCUCAGAGUUGUGGUUUAUGACGUGGUAAUUGAAAAUUGAACAAAAAUCCUGGAAGUUGACACACACGAUUUGCCUUCGCGGGCUGGAUCUGGCCCCCCGGACCUCGAGUUUGACACCUGUGCUCUAUGUAGGAGAAGGGGAACUAUGAGACCGGGGUAGUAGUAGUACGAAGUACGCGUCGACUACGUACCCUGAGUUCCCCUGUUAGUAACGCAUGCGCAUUCAUCACAAGGAGACUUUUCAGCACGGGGGAGCGCUCAGACUGGCGCCACUUAAGUUAAAAAAAAAAAAAAAAAAAAAAAGGUACGAGAGAGUCGUAUUUGCCGAUGCGCGAUCGUUAAAUUACAAAAUGACAACACUCCCAAGGAGCUGCUGUAGGCCACAGCUUACACCCAGAUGCUCACACUCAUCCGGCUUUGUUGCUGUCGCUCACGAGGCCACGCCCAUUAAACGCACUAGCAAAAUUUUUCUUUUGGGGGGGUGUGGGGAGCAUUUAUUGACGUUUUAAAUUUUUUUUUUUU